AUGCUUCCUCAGUCUACAUUCCCAGUGCGCCUCCGGGUUGCAUCAGGCAGAAGAAAGUCACUGCUGGCAUACCCGAAGUAUACGAACUACCACCAUGAACCAGUUACCAAGCCGGAAAUCAAGCCAUACCGGGCAGUGUCACCAAUGGCAAGGUUACCGACCAGAAUCCUGCUACGGUCUUUAGUCUUAACUUCUCUGAUGUCCUCCAAAAUCCUCAUACGACCAGCCCUAACUAUCCUGAACAUUCUUGCUAUCUCAAAAUCGCCAUUCCUGAACGCAGACCGAAAUAGCAUACUGAACAAGGCUCUUCGGCUUACGGUUUAUGAUCACUUUUGCGCCGGUACCAAUCAUACAGAGGUCUCCAGGACGAUAGCGGACACCAAGCGGAUUGGAUACCAGGGUGUUAUCCUAGGGUAUUCCAAGGAGGUCAUAUUAUACCCUAAUGGUCAAUCAUUAACAGACUCUAUCUCUGCUACGUACAGUGACCGGUGCUACGAAAUGGUCGAGGAGUGGAAGGAAGGAACUUUGGAAACCCUACGCAUGCUCGAGCCGGGGGAUUUUCUCGCCCUAAAAUUGACGGGCGCCGGACCGAUUUCGGUAGAUGCCAUGGCAGCGUGCCAGCCAAUGCCCGAGGUUGUGGCAAAAGCCGUGAACACGAUUUGUGUCGCAACCGCACAACAACGCUCACGUCUCUGGCUCGACGCAGAGCAACAGAUGCUUCAACCUGGACUGGAUAAAUGGGCCAUCGAGAUGAUGCGCACGCAUAACCGAUCGGAGACGCCCGUAGUCUACAAUACAAUCCAAGGCUAUCUCAAGGGGUCGAAGGCGAAUGUCGACAACCAUAUCAAGCUGGCAGCGCAAGAGGGAUGGUCGCUUGGGAUCAAGUUGGUGCGUGGGGCGUAUAUUGAACAUGAAAAUCGUGCUUUGAUCCACGACACCAAAGAAGAAACAGACAGUUCAUAUGACAUGAUUGCAGACAUGUUGCUUGGUCAACGACUACCGGCUGAAGUUGAGCAUCUGCAGUUCCCACCUGCAGCCCUCUUUCUUGCCACCCACAAUGCGGCUAGCACGGCAAAAGCGAUCACCACGCAUCAGGAACGAAUACUUGCAGGACAGCCCACCGUUACACUCGAGUGCGGGCAGAUUCAGGGCAUGGCGGAUGAGCUGAGCUGUGAGCUGCUGCACAGCUAUCUGAGAGAGUUGGAAGAACAAAUUACUAGGAGUGCAACUUCCGGGCGGUAUACGACCUCCAUCGGGGUGGAGCACCAGGGCCUACCUCCCUUGACCAGAAGUGAAGCUGUAGACCUUUCCCCGACUCCCAAUGUAACGACAUACCUGGCACCGGAUGGCCGGCAAACAGCUGGAUGGCAGAUGGCGUCUGACGACUCUCCCAUACGUAAUCCUGGAAGAAGGGUUGGCACCGGGGAGAGGCAAGUAUGCCAUGACUCAGAAUUCUCGAAGAAUCCACUUGUAGACAAAAAGGAAUGGGCUUUUGCUGCAACUCCGGACGGCCGAUAUUGGUAUAUGGGCCCGUCAUCCUCAUGGUCCUUUUGUCGUCGCGUCCUGGCCCUUUUAGGGAAACGAGUUCCUGAAUCGAACUCUCCACCAGAUCCAUGGCAUUUGGAUGGCAUGGCAUUCAAGCUGCAAUGGAAGCAAGUACCCCCCGAGGAAACGCCUGAUGUCACCAAUAUACCGCCUUUGGACUAUGCGCUUUUUCUUUACAAUACUGCGAAGUACUAUCUCGCUUCUUUAUCCUUCCUGAUUGAUGAGACACUAUACCUUCAAGAGUUACACGAAUUUUACCUGGAUCCAGCAGCGAAGGCUGCCUCACGUAGGUCUUGGUUCGCCCAAUAUCUACUUGUGCUUGCCUUUGGAAAAGCAUUCAUAACUCAAAGAAAUCCAUCUGGGUCUCCAACCGGGCACCAGUAUGCAUCAAGGGCGAUGGCUUUAUUGCCAGAUCUAUCCGGCAUACACGAGGAUCCCUUGACCUCGAUUCAAGCCUUGAGCCUAGCAGCACUGUACUUUCAGUCAAUUGACAUGAGAAAAGCAGCAUUUCAGCACAUUGGGCAGGCUCUACGUUGUUGUAUUAUUGAAGGCAUACACAGGCAUGUUCCGGAAGAGCUGGGCGGGCCAGAACUUUCCCAGCGCUGUCAAGCUGUCUUUUGGGUAGUAUACAUGCUGGAUAGAGAGUUCUCCGCAUUGAUGGGAGGACCAAACUCAAUUCGUGAUGAGGAUAUCACGGUCAGGUUGCCUGCAGAGGUGGCGUAUUCCGUAGAAAAUGCCAAUCUGACAUUGCAUGUUCGGCUCGCGCGCCUCAUGGCGCAGAUAUUGACAACGGUAUAUGGGGUGGAUAGUGCAUCUAAUGGAGCAUUGAUCAGAGAUAUUCAAUCUAUUCUUCAUGCACUAGCGGACCUCUCUCAAGACAUCACGGAGUUUCUGGAUAGCAGUUUUCAUGGAACGAUUAGCCGAGGCUCAAAAAUGGCAGUUAGACUGAUGCUAGCCCAACAUCAUUGUGUGGUUCUGACAACACGGCCUUUGGUUAUGUGUGCUCUCAAUAUGCACAUAGACAGUGCAGAGAGACAGCCGUCGCAAGGCAUUUGUCUGUCGCCGCCCGUGGCAUCCCUCUUGCAAUGCUGCGCCGACUCUGCCCAGACCAUCCUUCAAACUCUCCGAUCGUUGGCCGAUGAUGACUUGAUGGAUGCAUUUUUACCGUUUCAAGUCGAGCACGCUUCUUCAUCUGCCUUUGUUUUGUACUUGAUUCGCUCAAUCGCCCCCUCACUUAUUGCGAAUGAGUCCUGGUGCGAUAACCUUGACUGCGUUAUCGAAAAGCUCAUAUCGAAAGGCAAUCUAGCGGCACCACUCCGGAAACUGGAGCUGAGGCAUCUGGACCUUAUGUUGACACCCUUAACACCGAGAUCUGCAACUCAUACAGUGCUUCCAGUAACUUCCGAUGAAAUCCAAGAUAACAAUGAUGAUACAUAUGCGCUGGAUCAAGUGGAUAUAGGAGAUGAAGUUGAAUGGGAUUUGUUGGCGCUCAACCAUUCUGUGAGCCUUCCACCAAGAGAGCUGCUCGAUUUAGCAGACCAACUGGACGUGGAUAGUAUUAUGCAAUCUAUGGACGCUUGA